CGAGGAUGCCGAGAAGCGGCGAGAGCGCGAACGACGCCCAAGUCGCCUGAAGCCGCAGCCGGGAUGCGUCGUGCAGAGCGCGCAGGCACGGACGGAGAGCCCCGACCAUGACCCGGCGCUCACUUCUUGGACCUCCUGAACAGUUACAGUAUCCCUGGACCUGCUCAACAUCCAUCGUCCGGUGAGUGUGGAGCAGGAGCGCUGCCAUCAGCUCAGGGGGGCUCCCACAUUUCUGCUGCCCGAGUGGUCCUUUCUGCCACCAGCAUGCCUGUUCUUGAUCGAGAGCAGCCCAAAGGCCCCAGUGACAGCCAUGUUUUGCCCAAGCUGCCAGUUCCUGCACUGGAACAAACAUUAGACAUGUAUCUCAAGGGAAUGGAGCACCUGGCUACACCAGAGCAGUUCAGGAAGACCAGAGAAAUCGUGGAGAAGUUCAGGGCCCCAGGGGGCCAAGGAGAGUUGCUUCAGAAGAAGCUGCUAGAGAGGAGAGACAAAACUGACAACUGGGUGUAUGACUACUGGCUUGAAGAUAUGUACUUAAAUAACAGAUUAGCUCUACCAGUCAAUUCCAGUCCUGUGAUGGUUUUCCCAAAACAGACCUUCAGAGAUCGUAGUGACUCGCUCAGAUUUGCUGCCCGUCUAAUAUCAGAAGUUUUGGAAUACAAGGCUCAGCUUGAUGGACGAACCCUGCCAGUGGACUACGCUCGGGGACAGCUAGCUGGCACCCCCCUGUGUAUGGAGCAGUAUUAUCGACUCUUCACUUCCUACCGCCUCCCUGGGCUCAAGAAGGACACACUGGUUGCACAGAAGAGCAGCGUGAUGCCAGAGCCAGAGCACAUCAUUGUGGCCUGUAAAAACCAGUUCUUCAUGCUGGAUGUGCUGAUAAACUUCCGCCGGCUCAAUGAGAGUGACCUCCUGGCUCAGCUGGAAAAAAUAGCAAAAAUGGCGGAGAACUUAGAUGAGCACCUCCCCAGCAUUGGCCUGCUUACAUCGGAUGGGAGAACAGAGUGGGCCGAAGCCAGGGCCCUGCUAAUCAAAGAUUCCACCAACAGAGACUCUCUGGACAUGAUAGAGCGCUGUAUAUGCCUAGUAUGUUUGGAUGAUGCCAGCGGGGUCGAGCUCACAGACACCAACCGCGCCUUACAGAUGCUCCACGGAGGAGGUCGUGAGAGCAACGGGGGGAACCGCUGGUACGACAAGCCUAUGCAGUUUGUCGUAGGGGUGGACGGGGUCUGCGGCGUGGUAUGUGAGCACUCUCCUUUUGAAGGAAUCGUUCUUGUGCAGUGCACGGAGUUCCUACUCAAACGCAUGAUAGGGAGCCCCUCAAAGCUGGUGAGAGCUGCCAGCGUCACGGAGCUUCCAGCCCCCCGGAGACUACAUUGGAAAUGCUCGCCGGAGAUCCAGACGCUCCUGAUGUCCUCAGCCGAAAAACUGCAAAGGCUGGUCGGAAACCUUGACAUGGAUGUUUUUAAGUUUAAAACUUAUGGAAAGGACUUCAUUAAAUCGCAGAAAAUGAGCCCAGAUGCUUUCAUACAAGUCGCUCUGCAGUUUGCGUUUUACAGAUGCCAUGGGAGACUGGCGUCUACAUACGAGAGCGCUUCUAUCCGUCGUUUCCGAGAAGGCCGAGUGGACAACAUCCGCUCCGCCACAGCAGAGGCCCUGGCCUUCGUGAAAUCAAUGACGGAUGGGAAGAUCUCUGUCCCCGAUGCCGAAAAGAUGAAAAAACUCUGGGAGGCAGUUGAUGCCCAAACUAAUUACACCAUAUUAGCCAUUACUGGACAAGCUAUAGACAAUCAUCUACUUGGCCUGCGAGAGCUAGCUCGAGAAUUAAAACUGGAAAAACCGGAUAUAUUCGUGGAUGAAACAUACAGAAUUAGCAACCGGUUCAUUCUUUCUACCAGUCAGGUACCCACCACAGUGGACAUGUUCUGCUGCUACGGCCCUGUGGUUCCCAACGGUUAUGGUGCAUGCUACAACCCACAGGCUGACCACGUAAUCUUCUGCGUGUCCAGCUUCCGGGAGAGCACGGAGACCUGCUCAGCUAUGUUUGUGAAUGCCCUGGAAGAGAGCCUGGUGGAAAUGAGAGAUUUGUGCUGUAAGUGGAACGCAGCAGUAAAGCCCGCAGAACAGAAGAAGUCUGCGGUCGGGCCAGUAAAACGGAAGUAAGCCAUAGCGGGGUAUGAAAGCGGUGUUCUCAUAUCCCGUCCAAUGUUUUGUACAGAACACUAAAGUACGUGUUGCAUUUUAGUGAUUUUUUUGUGUGCCGUGGUGCUUUUAUUUCUGAAGACAUAACUGCAGACAGUUUGGAGAUUAUAUAUGAGAGAACUUACGACCCAUACCUCUUAAUUUCAAAGCAGGCAUCAGGACUCGGUCCUUACUUAAUCGAUAAUAAGGCAACGAUAAGAAAGAUCUCCUGAUGAAGAGCAAAAUAAAAAGAAUUCCUGGGUCACGUACAAAAGAAAUGUGCACUUUUGUGUUUCAUGUUACUGUAAAUAUG